AUGUCUGUCUCGUAUGCGGCAGGUCUUAUGAAAGAUCCGACCACCUUCGGCGACAUGUCCAAUCUCACCAGAAUCACCGACAAUUUCGCUGUCGGCUCUGCCCAAAAGGAUUCAAUCGCGCAGACUUACUUCAACGACAUGAGCUGGCUCAUGCUCGAGAGAUGGAUAAACCUCAUGGCUCAAGGCGAACAGAUCGUGCUUCACAAGCCUGCGAGGCUUGCUCAAGCGUCUAGAGCCUCGGAUCAACGAGAAGCGAUGACGGGGAAUGAGAACCCGGAUCAGAUUGUGAAUGAGACAUGCAUCGAGUCGCAGUGCGAUGAUGUCGGAGAUAUCCGCCCAGUUACAUCCAUAUUUGAGUACGUGGACUUAUCAUGGUUUGAUUCUGGACUUUUGGACCUAACCGUAGGUACAUUCGGCGACAUGACCAGCUUUAAUGCUUCAGUCCCUGCUCAUGAUAAAACCGGUGAGAAUCAGAAUUCGAAAUUGACCAACAAUCAUUCUCUCGGUCCGUCAUUUGGCAACCGGUUUGGAGCCUACCGACGCUGUGCCUGGACAUCAUGGAACCCCUCUAGAUAUCAACACUCCUUUCACGGCCAGGACGUCAUCAACUUGGGCGCAGGAAGUCUUAGAGAGAGGACUACUCUUUUGAUGAAAGCCUCGACAGGACGAAUGAUCGGUAGCACGCUGGACGAUGCGUGCAGGGAUAGCCUGUUGGUCUUGGUGACCGCGAUGAAGAUAUCUCACUUCUCCAUACACUCGUUUCCGCCUGCCGAGUUACUGAAUGACCUUGUACGGUUCUUCUUCAUCCAGGAGAGCGCGUCUUUAGCAUCAUGCAUCCAUCCAGGCACAUUCUCCUGUUAUCACGCGCGGCCGGAAUUACUGCUUGGAAUUAUCGCCGCUGGUGCAGUCAUCGUCCCGGAGCGUCGGAUCCAAGUGACUGGACUCGUCAUGCACGAGAUCCUUCGCAGAGCAAUGCCACAGCUAUACGAGAGUGAUAACAGCACCACGAGAGACCUGCAGGCCCUGCAGGCGUACUUCAGGGCCCUGGAAGUCGGAGCCUGGAGCGGCCUCAAGCGGAAGACCGAGAUUGCGUGCAGCUUUAUGCAACCGGGAUACACUAUGCUGUUCCAAGCGGGAGCCUUCUCCUCACCGACUGAGCAAGAGUUGACGGGAGACCUCGGCCAAGGGGCUGAAGGUCUUGAUGCUGUUUGGAAAUCUUGGACGAUGAAGGAGUCACUAAAGCGGCUGGCGAUUCGUGCUUUCAUCCAUGAUUCUCAGGUAUCGAUGGCUUAUUUCCAGGCACCGGCGAUUAGCUAUGCCGAAUUGAACAUGGCAGUUCCAUACCCGCCCAGCGUAUGGUUUGCAGAGGGUCGUAAUGAAUGGAGACAAGAGUUGUUGCACUGUACUCGUGGAUCAAGGCGUCUCCUGCUCACCGAGGUCCUGGCUGAUGUCACAGUCCUCGAAACAUGCCGGGGACAAGCUGAUCUACCGCUCUGUUGCUUUACCGCUAUCCAUGCACUUGCCAAUCAGGUAUGGGACCUUCAACAGCAGUUCACUCUCCUCUUUUCAGCCCCCGAGACCAAAAGACGCCGAAUGGAUUCAUGGUGUAUGAACCGACAACGCGACCUGUACCAAGAUCUGAUUACCAUCCGUAUGUACUGUGAGAGACACGUCGCACACUACGAGAUUCGCCUGUUGCUGGAAUACGUCAUGAUGGUUCUUCAUGCUCCUAUGGCCCAUAUACAACGCUUUGCGGGUAGAGAGGGAGAAAACGAGGCGAGGAGAGUAGCGCCUAUCGUGAGUGAGUGGAAACGAUCAUCAGCCGCUCGAGUUGCAAUAUGGCACGCGGGCCAAGUUCUUAGAAGGGCUCGCCAGUUUCCGCCUACGACCCUGCAGAGCUUUUAUGCCGUGGCGACGUACCACGCUGCCCUUGUGCUUUGGACCUAUAGCAUACUUGGCAACCAAAGCUCAAAGCAGGGUGAGAUCGUGGUUCCUAAUGGAAUGAGUCGCAAUGGCUCAACCGAUGAAUCUUCCAUGACUCCAAUCAUGCUAGACGGAGAGGAAAAUAACGACUCACGGGCAUUCUGCAUACUAGGGCAUGGCACACCAGGUCUCAGUCAUUCUGCGUACACUGGAGUAACAAGUACUUUCUAUACGCUCGCAGAUCCCACAUUAAUCAUGCAGCUAUCGGCCGAUACUCUACGUAGCAACCUACUCUCUACAGACCACGCUCCACCGCUGUUGAUAUGCAACCUCCUCGGCCUAAUGGAAGAUCUGGGUUCUUCUUUAGGUUCCUUGAGCACUGCUCCGAGCUCACACACUGACAUUACCGGAUCCACGGGAUAG